ACACUGCGCUGGGCCGCCUAAAGCUGGAUGGCGGUGGCUCGCGGGCAGCACCCGCAGCAACGGUAAAACGGAAGUCCUGCGAUCGGAGCCCGGUGUCCGGGCGGAAGCGGCGUUCUCUCAGCCGUGGCCCGGAGUCAGCCCCGGAGCCACCGGGAGCCUCCUGACCUGGUGUUGAUGUUGAGUAGGCCUCAUUAGCAUAUUAAAAUGGCUCUACCCAAGGACGCCAUCCCUUCCUUGUCGGAAUGCCAGUGCCAGAUCUGUGUGGAAAUCUUAAUCGAGCCCGUAACCCUCCCAUGUAACCACACGCUCUGUAAUCCGUGCUUCCAGUCGACUGUCGAAAAGGCAAAUUUGUGCUGUCCCUUCUGUCGCCGCCGGGUCUCUUCGUGGACUCGGUAUCAUACCCGUAGAAAUUCUCUUAUCAAUAUGGAACUAUGGGAAACGAUUCAAAAACACUAUCCAAAGGAGUGCAAGCUUAGAAUCUCUGGGCAAGGAUCGGAGGAAAUUGUUGAUGACUACCAGCCCAUUCGUCUGUUAAGUGAACCUGGGGAAUUAAGAAGAGAAUAUGAAGAAGAGAUAAGCAAGGUGGAGGCAGAGCGACGAGCCAGUGAGGAAGAAGAAAACAAAGCCAGUGAAGAAUAUAUACAGAGAUUAUUGGCAGAGGAGGAAGAAGAGGAAAAAAAGCAGGCAGAGAAAAGGCGAAGUGAAGUGGAAGAACAACUAAAAAAUGAUGAAGAACUGGCAAGAAAGCUAAGCAUUAACAUUAAUAAUUUCUGGGAGGGGAGUACCUUGGCUUCUCCUUUGAAUUCCAGAAAAUCUGAUCCAGUCACAACCAAGUCACAAAAGAAAAAUAAGGACAAACAAAAAAACAUUGGAAAUAUUCAGAAGUAUUUGUCACCUAAAUCUCUAUUUGGAUCAGCAACACAGUCUGAAGUUGUACAAGAAGUCAGGAGAAACUCCACAUCUAAGGAAAUUGACAGAAGUGAUAUGAAGAGCCCUACAGGGCAAGAUACAGAAAUUGAAGAAGAUAUGCCAACACUUUCUCCUCAAAUGUGCCUUGAAAUUCAAGAACAAGGUACAAAGUCUUCAGUAGAGUCACCUAUGCCAUGGUUAUGUGUCUAUGAUGCAGAACAGUGCCUUGAAGGAAAAGCCAAAAGAUCAAACAAUCAUGAUCAAGAGUUAUAUGUCAUAAAGUAUGAAGGACCUAAAACCAAAGUUCCCUACUCUAAAGAAGCUACAGUUAAGCCUUGUGGCAAGACAGAGAAUGGGCGUACUUCAUCAAAUAUGAUACAAAUAAUUGGAGACAACCCAGUUGAGACAGAGUCUAGCCAACCAGACAGUAAAGGUGUUUCGAAAAGAAAAAGCCAGGAAUCUUCAGUUGAAGCAGUCAUAGAUUCAUGCUUUUCUUUAAAAAGGAAGAAAACAUUCUCGGAAUCUUCUUCAGAUCAAGAGGAAACAGAAAUGAAUUUUACCCAAAAACUGAUAGAUUUGGAGCAUUUACUUUUUGAGAGACACAAACAAGAAGAACAAGACCGGCUAUUAGCGUUACAACUGCAGAAAGAGGUGGAUAAAGAACUAAUGAAGCCAAAUCGGCAAAAAGGAUCCCCAGAUGGGUACCAGUUACGUACUACAUCCUCACCUCCACAUAACUUACUAAAUGGGCAGAAGAAUUACAAAGACAGAAACUUCAAAAAUCAGACUGAUGUAGAGCAUCCAAAACCUCGAAGAGGCUCAAGAGAUGAAAACUGGCAGCCUUCUUUUAAAAUCCAGUUGAACAGUUCGGCUAACGGAAAAAAGAUAUCAAAUUCUACUAAAGAAAAUUGUAAUGUAUCUAAAAGUACUCAUUCUCUACAGCCUAGUAAUUCACAGAAAAGUAUUUUUCAGAUGUUUCAGAGAUAACACCAAAUAAUGUGGGUAAAAGGAAUGUCUUCUAGUAAAGCUGGAUUGUGAA